GUUGUCUAUGGCAUUAAGGAGUACGCUCGCACGGCAGUGGAUAUGAUUUCCCGACGUACUCGCUUGGCCUUUCUGAAUGUGCAGGCUGCAGAGGAAGCCCUGCCAAGAAUCGUAGAUAUAAUGGGGAAAGAACUUAACUGGAGCGAGCAGAAAAAAAAGGAAGAACUUGAAGCUGCUAAAAAGUUUCUCUAUUAUGAAAUGGGCUACAAAGUAAAAUCAGAUCAAUUAACAGACAGCUCUGAAAUCACUCUAGUGCCUUCAGAUAUUGAAAGGUACAAGAAGCGAUUCCACAUGUUUGACAAGGACAAGAAAGGGUUUAUUACUAUCCUGGAUGUGCAGCGUGUCUUGGAGAGCAUCAACGUGCAAAUUGCUGAAAAUACACUUCAUGAUAUUCUAAAUGAAGUGGAUCUGAACAAAAACGGGCAGGUUGAGCUCAAUGAGUUUUUACAGCUCAUGAGUGCGAUUCAGAAGGGCCACGUCUCUGGAAGCCGGCUGGCCGUGCUGAUGAAGACUGCUGAGGAGAACCUGCGUCAGAGGCUGGUGAUUUCGGUGGACCGGAGCGGUGGUGGACUGUGA